AUGGGAGGAGCGGCGAGCCUGCUGGAGGCGCGGUAUGCAGUUGCGGGUUUCUCAGACACGGUGCGGCACGUGAUCGCAGGUACCUUCGCACGGACCAUGGCGCAAGCCCUUGUGCAUCCGAUAGACACAAUCAAGACGAGGCUCCAGGUCCGCUCCCCUCCCGAAGCCGUGAAGAAAUGGAAAAAAAAGACGAAGUCAAGCGCGGUGGAGGUGCAUGUAGCUAGGAGGAUAUUCAAAUUCCGCAACUACCUUGUCAAGGGGCCAUCGGACAUUUACUUGGGACUGACAGGGGCCAUUCUGGGGACACUGCCGACUGCACUUGUCUACUUUGUAACCUAUGAGGGCACAAAGCAAUGGAUACAGGGUGACAAUGAAGAGGGCAGUGACACUCCGGCCACUCACCUGGUAUCUGCUUCUGCUGGUGCUAUUGCGUCCUCCAUUGUCCGGGUCCCUACAGACACGAUGAGGCAUAGAGUGCAGGCAUACAUGCACCCCAAUGUCUUCCAGGCUGGCAUGUGCAUCGCUCAGAAGGAGGGGUUGCGAGGACUGUACUCUGGCUUCCUGCCAACACUUCUCAGAGACGUGCCUGAGAUCGCUGUGCAGUUUGCCCUGUAUGAGAGGGGUAUGCGACCAGGGUUGAUGAUGAUCUUACUGGCAAUGCAGGACACACGUCAGAAAGCAUUUCAUUGUCACAGAUCCCUAAACAUUCAAUGGCUGACAGAUAAGUUGAAUGGUUUAGAACGAGCUUUAGAUUUGCCAUGA